UCUCCCCGGUUCUUGUUUUGGUUCAGAAGGAAACGAAACGACAAAGGAAAGAAUUAUUGUGGUUCAAGGAAUACUGUUGUUACAGUAAUGGAACUCGGGUCCUCGAUCCUGGAGAAUAUCUCCGUUGCUGGGGAUGCGGCUCAUAUAUCUGACAAAGCCUUCAUUUCUCUUGUUCAGGCUGCUUGCCAGGGUGUUUUGCUUGAAGAACACAGAAAUGCAGUGGCAGAGAAUCCUGCUUUCAAAGAUACUGACAAAGCUAUUUUGAAAGAAGCGUACAGUGGUCUUGUUACACUUAUUCUAGAAGCUGCCAAACAUGACAGUUCAGAGCAGAAUAUUAGCUCAGUAUUAGAGGAUUGCAAGUUCACAACAGACAGGAUUAGUAGUUUUGCAAAGGAAUUUUUGCCUCAAAAACCCCACGUUCAGCUCUUAUUGGGGAAAAUCAGUUCAAGUUUCCCUCACAUAGUUGAUGUGGACUGGCGACUGGAUUAUUACAUCAAGAACAACCACCUGGAGAAGGUCAACUCAGCAGUCUAUCUCAUAUCACUGAAAACGGAGGUUCCUGGCUCCAAUGAUAUUCAAGAGGUGCAGUUUUCAUGUUCACUUGAACAAUUGCAGGAUCUAGUAGGAAAGCUGAAGGACGCCACAAAAUGCAUGGAAAAACUUACUCAAGGUUAAAUGUAUCAAAAGCAAGAUGAUAAAAAUAUUAGUAUCAAGGACCGGAGAAAUUGCAAGGAUGAAUUGGAGUGUGUGUAUGAUUGGCUGCCUUAGUAUUAGGUCAUUUUAAGAUCUAUCAUCAGGGUACAGCAGUAUGUUUGUAAGAAUGUCGCCAUUGGAUGAGCAUUAUACAGUCAAACCUCAUUAUACCGCCACCUUUGGAACGAGCAUGACAUUGGUGGUGUAGCAGGGUUGGCGGUAUAAUGGGGUUCUGUACCAGUGUAAAAGUAACUGGGUGUGCAUUGUGUGGUGAGACAUUUAGAGAAUAUGAAGACAGACUUGGGGUAUACAAAAGAGAAGAGUUUUCUUUUUAUUCAGAACAGAACAGAUACACUUCAUAGCAGUUGAUGAAAAUUUGAUUGUUGUUAUGGUCACUCUACCUUCAUUUUAUGUUAUUUAUAUAUAUUAAAAAGUACCAUACUUUGAAAAUAAUCUUGAAAUCUCACUUUUGUUCCUUACUUACGUUGUUAAUUUAUUUGUGUUUCAAUACAGUUGAAGUUGAACAUAA